AACAUUACUUCAACGAGCUUUAUCUUAGGGAUAUUCAUAUGCAAUUCGGCUAUUCCAAGACUCCUAGUUCUUGUUGCUCUUUUUGCUCUGUUUGUUUCCAUUUUUUUGCAUAACCAAAGCCAAAAUACAAUUUCGGAAUUUAGAUUUGAAUCGAGAGGAAAAUGGAGGCACUGGAUUACCACGCGGAGGAGAGGAGCAAGGCGGAGUUCGAUGUGGAAGAGAUGAAGAUCGUUUGGGCAGGGUCUCGUCACGCCUAUGAAAUCUCUGAUCGGAUUGCUCGUCUCGUGGCUAGCGAUCCGGUCUUUCGAAAGGAUAACAGAACUAUGCUAAGUAGGAAGGACUUGUUUAAAGAUACUUUGAAAAAGGCUGCUCAUGCAUGGAAGCGGAUAAUUGAGCUUCGUCUCUCUGAAGAAGAGGCCUCUAGAAUGAGGUUUUUUGUGGAUCAGCCUGCUUUCACAGAUCUUCACUGGGGAAUGUUUAUACCUGCUAUUAAAGGACAAGGUACAGAGGAGCAGCAACAGAAGUGGCUCCCAGUGGCAUAUAAGAUGCAAAUAAUUGGAUGCUAUGCACAAACUGAACUUGGUCAUGGGUCCAAUGUCCAAGGGCUUGAGACCACUGCAACAUUUGAUCCUCAGACUGACGAAUUUGUCAUUCAUAGUCCCACAUUGACUUCAAGCAAAUGGUGGCCUGGUGGAUUGGGUAAAGCAUCCACACAUGCUGUGGUUUAUGCUCGUCUUAUAACAGAUGGACAAGACCAUGGAGUGCAUGGUUUUAUUGUUCAGCUACGGAGCUUGGAUGAUCACCUACCUCUUCCAGGCAUAACAGUUGGUGAUAUUGGAAUGAAAUUUGGAAGUGGGGCAUAUAACAGCAUGGACAAUGGUGUUCUGAGAUUUGAUCAUGUGCGCAUUCCAAGGGAUCAAAUGUUGAUGCGGGUUUCACAGGUUACAAGAGAAGGGAAAUAUAUGCACUCUGAUGUUCCUCGCCAGCUGGUUUACGGUACUAUGGUCUAUGUCCGACAACAAAUUGUAUUAGAUGCUUCUUGUGCUUUAUCAAGGGCAGUUUGUAUUGCAACAAGGUAUAGUGCUGUUCGUAGACAAUUUGGUUCGCAGAAUGGUGGUCCAGAGACUCAGGUGAUUAACUAUAAAACUCAGCAAAGUAGACUCUUCCCUUUGCUUGCUUCUGCCUAUGCUUUCAGAUUUGUUGGUGAGUGGCUGAACUGGCUGUACACUGAUGUGACCCAAAGAUUGCAAGCCAAUGAUUUCUCCACGUUAUCUGAGGCUCAUGCAUGUACUGCAGGGUUAAAGUCUCUUACUACUACUGCAACUGCGGAUGCUAUUGAAGAAUGCCGAAAAUUAUGUGGUGGCCAUGGUUACCUUUCUAGCAGUGGGCUUCCUGAGUUAUUUGCAGUUUAUGUCCCUGCCUGUACAUAUGAAGGAGACAAUAUUGUGCUGCUUUUACAGGUUGCAAGGUUUUUAAUGAAGACCGUUGCCCAGCUGGGUUCUGAAAAGAAGCCUGUUGGAACUACAGCUUAUAUGGGACGAGCAGAAUACCUCAUGCAAUGCCAUUGUGAUGUUCAAAGGGCUGAGGAUUGGCUAAAGCCUAGUGUAAUAGUGGAGGCAUUUGAAGCGAGGGCUGCUAGGAUGUCUGUUGCCUGUGCUAAAAGCCUUAGCAAAUUUUCAAAUCCAGAAGAGGGUUUUGCUGAACUCUCAGCUGAUUUGGUUGAGGCUGCAGUUGCUCAUUGUCAGUUAAUUGUAGUUUCCAAGUUCAUUGAGAAAUUGCAACGAGACAUACCAGGAAAGGGAGUGAAAAGACAGAUGGAAAUCCUCUGUAAUGUAUAUGCUUUGUCUAUUUUACACAAACAUCUUGGUGAUUUCGUCUCCACUGGCUGCAUUACUCCCAAGCAAGGUGCACUAGCAAAUGAACAGCUCAGAUUGUUGUACACGCAGGUCCGCCCAAAUGCUAUUGCCCUUGUUGAUGCAUUCAAUUACACUGACCACUACCUUAGCUCGGUUCUUGGCCGCUACGAUGGAAAUGUAUAUGCAAAACUCUACGAGGAGGCAUGGAAGGAUCCGUUGAAUGAUACGGUUGUGCCAGAUGGUUACCAUGAGUACAUUCGGCCAAUUUUGAAGCAACAGCUUCGUACUGCAAGGCUCUAAAGAAAACAAAUCCCACCAUGCUGUUGAUUCAACAUCCUGAACUGCAUAUUAGGUUAUGAAUGAAUAAAGUGCCAACCUAUUCAACCUGAAAGAGGAAGGUCAGUUUCACUGGUCUAUAGACAUCUAUUUACAUCUCUUAGAUUAUGGCUGAGUAGUGGUUCUUUAUCGACAUAAAAUCUUUUCUUCAUAUGUACUUGGAACAAAGGAUAUAUUUUGCUCUUAUCAAGU